AUCAGCAACUGAUAAAGGUUUUACAUGAAUGAGUUCUUCAAACAACUGAAAAUAACACAACAUAAGGUCAGUGGUAUUGGAGAUUUUGACUUCUGCUUGGAUUUUGUUGGUGUGGUCUGUUUGACUUUCCACUUUAAUAGGCAUGUCGUCCUUUAUUUCCUGGUUACUUCCAAGCGUUCCUACUUGGUUAAUACCAGGAACUGAUCCUUUACAUAGUGUUUUACAAGGUAUAGUGGGUGCUUGUGGAAUUUUGGUUCUCCGUAACCUGUUAAAAGUUUACUUGUUUGUUGAUGAUCAGAGUAUUGUAGAUCCUAAAACAGACCAUAAACCAACUAAACGAACUGCUGGACUAACAGAGAAAAUUCAGUUCUGGGUCCUAACAUUGAUUCUUUCCAUUGUGGGAUCUCGUGUGGCAUCACUGGUCGUUUUAGAGUUCUCUCUUCGAGUCAUUUCAGCACGGAUCACAGGAGGAUCAGACUCAGUAGUUGAUCCAUUGUUACAGCAGCUCAUCCAGUGUCAGUUCUCCCUAGGCUGUGCACUAAGCUGCAGCCUAAAUUUCCUCCAUGAGGGGGCACCACAAGCCUGGCUAAGCCUCCUGCUUGCAGUUGGCCUGAGUUGGUUUUUGGCAAGCCAGUGCUGCAAACUAUGGCAACAUGUACAGACAAUGUAUCCAAUACACAGCACACAGCGCUACUGUGGACUCUGUAUUGGGCUCUUGACUACUGGCUCUUCUAUAUUAACUUGGCUCUGCAGUGCACUCAUUAUAACUUUUAGUGUGUCUGGAAUUGCUGCCAUAUCAAACAUAAACCAACAUUUUCUUUCAACAACCGAGGCUCUGAGGUUUUGGACCCCACUUACAAUCUGCUACACUCUACUGGUUGUGUAUAUGAAUGAGGAUCAACGUCAGCCUGGCCAGCAAGCCCUUUUGAAUACAGUUGUUGUGCGGCUUGGUGGGCUUUUUGUUUUACUGAUAACAGUGGGCCGGUGGUCAGAUGUACUCCAUGUCCUUAUCUGCUUCAUUGGUGAAGCUGUGUGUCUUCUACUAUCUCAAGACCUUUUGGAAGCCAUAUAUAAGCAUGUUAUCCCUGUGCCAGAAAGAUCCCUAAAAAGGCCUGCAAACCAGACUGGACCAAAGAAAUGGGACAAAUUUGACUGAACUUGGAUUAAAACAACAGCAGAGUUAUAUUUUAGAGUUAUAACAGCAAUGGUGAUAUUUUACAGCUCUACUUUCGCUACAAAAACAACAUUGCCACCUAAGCAAUUCCAUUAAGGACUAUGGUUUGCACAGUAUGGACACUGUACAUUUAUACACAAUGAUUAUUUAUGCAUCUUUCCCUUUCCAUUUUAAGCUUUUUGAACGAAUUCCAUCAAAAAAAAACUAUUUAAAAUCACUAACUUUAUGUAUGAUUAAUUCAAAUCCAGCUACUUCACAUCUAAAUAUAAGCACUGUUAUUUUUUUUACUUACGAGACAGACUGUUCAUCAUAUAUAGCUGUGUUAUUACGUACCUUAACUCUCUGCACACUCAUUUUUAUUUGCCUUAUUUUAAAUAAGCAGCUACACUCUCAGGUCACCGAUGCAUUUUAACAUCCAUUUUAACUAAACAAUAACAUUUAAAUGUAGCACACAGUUGCAUUUUGUAACAAUGUAACACUUUAGUUUCGUCACAUCAUACAGGGAAACGUUAAACGUGCAGUCAAAACAUAAACUCAAAGAAAUCUCUGGAAACAAAAUGGCCGGGGCGCAUUGUAUUCUUUUGUUGUGCUUGGUCUUGUCUAUUCUAGGUCAUGCUCAAAAUGGCGUCAUAUUUCAAAGAGCAUUCUUUAGUAGAAUGGCGCCAACAACUGUUUCACCGAUUAAAAAACACAUAAAACCUUCAGAAACGUCGAAUGCGGGAUUUUUUUGUAAUGUCAAAGUCGUUAUGUUUGACCUGCACUUGUUUUUCUUCAAUACAGCUGCUUUUCGAUAUUUUAAUGUGUAGAAGACAGAAAUACAUGGACCAUUUUAUAAAAAAGAUUCCACAGGAUUUUGUUUACAAUUCCAUCGUUUCCUGUCAGAUAAAUACACAUUACAAUUACGUUUUUGCCAGACGGUUAAACAAUUUCUUCAUUCCCUUAGAAGUAGCCGUCUGUGGUUUAGGAACGAAGAAAGAAGAAUAAUAAAGUGUCCAAAUGUCCAGGGGAUUCAUUUAUUAUAUAACAUAAAACAAUACUGAAUAGGUCUGCGCUUUUGUAUUUCCAACGUGUAACAAAUCCAAUCCCAAAGAUACUGUCAAUGGAUUUUAUUAGGUCAAAUCCAGAAAUAUUAAGGAUUUAGGCAGAUCCAUAAAAUCCAUACAAUUCCAGUGAAGACUGAAUCGGAAGAUUAUGUGCCUUGCUCAAGAUACAACCCGCUUCGUCUCGGUACAAGUUAGAGAAAUUUCUGCAAGUCAGUGGGCUUUGUAAUUGCUCUUUGUCAAAACCCUGUGGGCGUGUUGGGCGCAUGCGAAAUGGAGCCAUUGCGGUCCCUGUUUUGCCGCAUUCUGGCGCAUGCGUGAAUCAACCUUACGCCUCGUGCUCUUUUAAGCCACUAGGCAUAAAUGGAAAGUGGUCAAACCCGUCUUUGA